AAAUAAAGAAAGAACAAAAGUUAUUGGUUGCCACGCAGUGGGAGAAUCUCUGCGGCUUCUCGACUCUUCUAAAGAUAGACCGUCUUCCAUCAAUUUUCAUUCUUUAUUAGUCCGAAUCGUGUCUGGAGACGCUAUUCUUUCAUCUCCCUCGCAAACAAUAGACGUCUGUGCUCUCUCAGCGGAGUUUUGCUUGGUUGCUGCAUAAUUGAUAGACUAUGACUCGUGGUAACCAGAGAGAGCGAGACCGGGAAAGGGCUCAGGCUAGAGCUGGCAACAAAUCUAAGAAUACCAAAGACGAUGGAUUGACCCGGGAACAACGCCGUGAAAGGGACGCAAAGGCUCUGCAGGAAAAGGCUGCGAGAAAGGCUGACCAGGCAGCUGCAGGAGGAAACAACGCCGGCGGUGGAGGUAAAAACAGUAAAAAGUGAUGGGAAGAUUGCAAGGGAGGUGUUAGUUAGGCAAUACUGGGUUGUUUGUACUGGAUCAGAUCUGAAUUCCUGGUUGUUGGGUGUCAUGUUUAUGUGGUUCUGAGAUUGGAUAUACACUGGCAUUGAUGUUGACUUCUAAACCUCUGAUUUAUAUCUGAUUUGGGAUCUAAUAUCCAUUUGUAAUCGAGUUCUUGGUUUUGUCGAAAA